ACAGAACCAAUCUUCUCAUUCAUAUAGACAUCGCCUAUCGUAGGUUUCGGCAAUCUUGAAUCCUGCGAGCCUUCUCCACUUACUCGACAGCCGAACGGGAGAUCGAUCGCGAUGCGAGUUCAAGGAUUCGGGAACGAGAGCUCUGUUGAGCCUUGGAGACAUAAUGUGCUGACUUUAAAGCCCUGAUGCUAUCCUAGACAGAUUCUCCUCCUGAUUCCACAACAUACACAUUCUAUAACACACACAACAGUGAUGCAGGCUUAUCGCUACGAAAAUCCCGACGGGCAGCUCAAGCUGAAUUCAAAAUCAAUCCCACAGCCAUGGGCUGGAGAAGUGCUCAUCGCCGUGGGAAGCUGCUGGACUCUGCCGUUUAAAACUACACAUCUCAAAAGGACACAUGGAACAUCUAGAUCCGUAUUCGGUCAAGGCGCCUCUCACUCUCGGUCACGAUGUCGCAGGAACCGUCCCCAAGUUGGGCCCAGGAGUCUCGGCCUUCGAGAAAGGCGACGGCGUCGCCGUAGCACAAGUCGGCUACCCAAUUGCCGAAGCCAGCUGGGAUACCGGUGUCGGUCUGGGGACGAUGGUGGACUUUGCAUAUGGCAGCUAGAGAAAAGGAAUGUGUCUUAGAUCGCCUAGAGAAAAGCAACGUGUCUGGUCGGCUACAGACAAAUCUCUCUGCUGGAACAGGCGCUUAAGCAUUACAUUGCAACAAAGCUGAUCAAGCCACUAGCAGGAGAUGUAUUAAAAUGAACUUCAGUCAGGUAGCGCGAGGGUUUCAAGGAAGAGCAAUAAAUGAAUGUCUGGCGAUACUCGCACUUAUCUGAAUGAACCGCGGUGGUUCGAUCCACUCAGAAUAGAGAGAGAAAGCAACAUGCCGCAC